UCAACCAUUUCUCUUACUAUAUAUAUGGUGACCCUUCCUAUUGUUAUUUCCAUUGCACUAUCAAUUUUCAUUACCAAAAUUGAUUAGCCUUCUCAAUUCACACACACAAAAAAAUGGCCCCAAGUUUAGACGAUGGUAGCUCUCUUUUUAACUUCGUCGUUCGAGAUGGAAAUGGGGUCAAAGGAAUGGUUGAUUUAGGGUUAUCGACAGUGCCGAAACCGUAUGUUCAACCUCCAAAAGAGAGAAUUGACAAGCGAAUGGCAACUAGACAUGAGGGAGCACCGAUUGAUCUCUCGAGGCUCGACGGACCUGACCAUGAUGAAGUGGUCAAGGGAAUUGUUAUGGCUGCUGAAACUCUCGGAUUCUUCCAACUUGUGAACCAUGGUGUGCCGGUUGAUUUACUUGAGUCGCUUAAGGAUGCAGCGCAUGACUUCUUUGGUCAACCAUCGGAAAAGAAAGCAGUUUAUCGGAAGGAAGUGAGUCCAAGCCCGUUGGUGAAGUAUGGGACUAGCUUUGUCCCGGAGAAAGAGAAAGCAUUGGAAUGGAAGGAUUAUAUUAGCAUGAUUUAUACCAAUGAUGCUGAAGCUCUUCGACAAUGGCCUAAAGAGUGCAGGGAAGUGGCACUUGAAUACUUGAAGACAUCAAUGACCAUGGUGAGGAGAUUGCUAGAAAUUUUGAUGGGAAAUCUUGGGGUUGAACUAGAUGACACAAAGAUUGAUGGACUCAUAGGCAUGAAAAUGGUUAAUAUGAAUUUUUAUCCGACAUGUCCUGAUCCGGACCUCACAGUAGGUGUCGGACGUCAUUCCGAUAUGGGUACUCUUACCAUUUUACUACAAGAUGGAAUUGGUGGUUUAUAUGUUAAAGUUGCAGAAGAAAUCGCUAACAUUGGAAAGAAAGGAGAGUGGGUCGAGAUCCCUCCGGUCCCUGGUGCUUUGGUCAUUAACAUCGGUGAUGCAUUACAGAUACUCAGCAACGGAAAGUACAAAAGCGCAGAACAUAGAGUUCGCACAACGAGUACAAAAUCAAGAGUAUCGGUACCAAUAUUUACAUCACCAAGACCAAGUGAGAAAAUUGCACCCCUUCCACAAGUCGUAGAAAAAGAUGGAAUGGCUUGUUAUAGAGAGGUGAUUUUUGGGGAUUAUAUGAGAAAUUUCUUUGGAAAUGUUCAUGACGGCAAGAAAUCUCUUGAAUUCGCACAAAUAUAAUUAUCCUUAGUAUGCCAAUACGAUACUAUAUAUCUUUUUGAUGUGUAAUUACUUAUGUAACCACUUACAAUAAGAUAGAUGCAUAAUAGUUUAUUAUUAUUUUUUUUUAAAAGACUAUAUUUUUAAAUAAGAUGAAUGAUUAGGGAUGCCGAAAUUUGUGUUUUAAAA